AUGAAGAGGUACGUGUAUAGUAUUUUGGUGGCUUGUUUUGUGUUCUGCUUGAAGGAGGAUGUGCUGGUGGAGAGCGCAGAUAUGCCCAUGAAGUAUGCGGACAUGCGAGGGCUAGACGAUUUAUCCAAUUUGAAUGAUGAGCAAGUGAAGGACAUUUUAGGGUUAGACAUUAAAGGAGCCAAGGAAAGAAUUGACAAAUUAUUUGGAGUGAUCGAUAAGAAUAACGAUAAUGUAAUAUCAGAUGAUGAACUGAAUGCAUGGUCCAUAUAUGUAAAGAAUGAAGUAUUUUUGAAGCAGGUGCAGGUAGAAAUGAAACAGAUCGAUGCAGAUAAGGAUGGGUUUAUUUCCUUACCAGAAUUAAAUGAAGCAUUUUCACAAAACCUGGAUGCAAAAGAGGUAGAAAAACACGCAGAAGGAUUACUAAAGAGAUUUCAAAUUGUUGACAAAGAUAAAGAUAAUAAAUUGAAUAUAAAUGAAGUCGGGUUGUUGAUCGAUCCAAUGAAGGAUGAAGACUUGAAGGAGUUGGAAAUAAAUGAAAUUCUCGAACACCAUGAUGUGAAUAAGGAUGGCCGCAUAUCCAUGGAUGAGUUUAAACAAACACGAACAGAUGAUCCGCAUGUGAAAAAGGAAGAUGAUGUUGCUCUAGAUGAUUUUAAUUUUUUUGACACUAAUAAAGAUGGCUUCAUAGACAAGGAGGAAAUUGUGAAGGUGUAUUUUGACCCAUCCAAUGAAGCAGGUGCCAUUAAUCUGACUGAAGUCAAGGACACCAUCUUUGAAGGAAAACCAAUUACUCACGACUUGUGGAAUGAGAAGGCCCUCAAACUAGCAGUUACGUCUGUGACAGAUUAUGGAGAUAUUUUAAGAUACCCAGAAGAUUUUAAACUUGACAUUGGUAAGAAUGUUGUUCUUCCCUCUACGAGGAGUAGAAGUGGGAUGGAAGACGACUUAGAUCAUGACGAUGCAUUUUCAGGAGAUAAGGAUGACGGUUCGCAGGAUGACACGCUGAAAAAUACAACCCCAGAUGAGUUAUGA